AUGUCUAUUGAUCUCAAUUGGGAGACGCUGACCACGGGGCCGGACGGCGAUGCGCUGGCCGAGAGCAUCAGAACCUUUAUCCACACCAAAUUCCAGACGGUGCCUUUGCCACGCUUCAUCAGAUCCGUCAAUGUGCAUGGAUUCGACUUUGGUACGAUUCCGCCGGAGCUGGAACUAAAAGAUAUUACGGACCCGCUGCCUGAUUUCUACGAGCAGGAGCUGGAGGAUGACGAGGAGUCGAGCGAGGAGAGCAGUGAGGAUGAGAGCGCUGCGGAGCGGGAGAGGAUUGCGGCCGCGGCGGCGCUGAUUGGAAACAGGAGGCGCGAGGAUGGCUUGAGGGGGCUGAAGAGCGAGAUGAUGGGCUUCAGCCCGAGUGUGAAUGUGAGUGGGCACGACGUCGGCAGGGCGUUUCUGGGUACGUCGACGCCGGGGAUCUUGGGCGGGCCGGGGAGGAACUACUUUCAGGCGCAUCUGGCGACGGGCACACAGACGCCGUUGGCGGCGGUUGCGGGUGCUCAUUUGGGCGGCAGCUGGUUGGGCUCGACGGCACCCAGUUCGGAGCCCACGCCGUAUCAUAGCCGUGAGGCAUCGCUCAGCUCCCUGGAUAACCUACAGGCGUUAGAUCCGACCUCAGGAUCGGGGUCCGGCAUGGCCAAGUCAGACGUGUCGAGCACCCUCGGCCCUCCGUCUCGGCCGUCAACCAGCCACGGGCCCAUCAGCGGCUCAGCCGUCGAAGACGACGAGAGGCCCGAUCCCGACCAAGGCACGGCGUCUCCGCGGCGCGAGCCCCGGGUCGAGGACGUGCAGGCCGUGUUCCGGAUCCGGUACUCGGGUGACGUGCGGCUGAACCUGACGGCGGAGAUUUUGCUCGAUUACCCGAUGCCGAGCUUUGUUGGGAUUCCACUCAAGUUGAAUAUCACGGGGUUGACGUUUGAUGGGGUGGGUGUUUUGGCGCAUAUACGGAAGAGGGUGCAUUUUUGUUUUCUGAACCCGGAUGAUGCUUUAGCUGCGGUGGGACCGGAUGGUGAGGGGGCGACGGAGACGUCAACAACUACUACUACUACAACAGCAACAGGAGGGGGGGAUGUGCAGACGACUAGCAAGAAGCAGCCUGGAGGUAGAUUCGGUGGGCUGUUGCAGGAGAUCAAGGUUGAGAGCGAGAUUGGCGAGCGGGAGAGCGGGCGGCAGAGCUUGAAGAACGUGGGCAAGGUGGAGAGAUUUGUGCUGGAGCAGGUGAGGAGGAUAUUCGAGGAGGAGUUUGUGUAUCCGAGUUUCUGGACGUUCUUGGUGUGA